AAGCAGUUAUUACAAUUUCCUUCGGAUGCCAAGUGUCAUUUGCUAAAUAAUGAAGUGAAUCCUUCUUCUAUAGAUCAUAUUUUCUCAACGAAUUUUGCUGAAAACCGGAUUUGGGCGAAAAUUGAAUCGAAGGAAAUAAAGGGUUCUAAUGUUUUUUCCGACAUAGAAUCUGUAAAAUUCAAUGAAACAAUGAUUUCGAUAAGUACCAUGCCACUUCGAAGAGAAUUGAUACUGUUGUAUAAAUUAUCAGAAGCUGUGACGAAAUCACUGGUUUCAUUGUCGCCAGCCCUGUAUAUUGUUCAAAUUGAUGGAUUGGAAUCUGCUAAAAUUGAAGCUCCACUGGAUUAUAGAAAUGCAAUGAGGGAAUUGAUUGAGGCCAUCAUUUAUUUUAUAAGUAACCUAAAGAAUUCUUACGGAAAUCGAGCUAUUGUGGAGUUAAUCAUCAGGACAAAUGGUGAUAAUACGCACAGCAUUGAAAAAAGACAGGUUUCAGUCUUAAUUUUUCAGUUCACAUCAGAAGAUUACCCAGCUAUGUUUGCUAUUUUCGCCGGUUGCGGCAUUAUCCUGUCCGUUUCCGUGUUUUUUAUUGUUGUAGGUUUGUGGAAUAUGGAUCCAGGAAAAGAUUCCAUUAUAUACAGAAUGACUACGACAAGGAUGAAGAAAGACUGA